CAAAAUUGUCACACUUUUCACAACCGGAAAAAACAAGAAUAGAGAGAAUUGAAGAGAAUCAUGAGUGGAGCAACGUUAUAUCUUCUUGGAAGACAUCUGACUAACAAGGUGACAGAGAAUUUACAAGAAACUGCACCUGAUCAUUCACCAGUUUUGACUCAUAGGGAGAAACCUAACUUUGUAAAAAUCAAUAUUGCCAACCAAUGUAGAAAUUACAGAAACGAGGAUUAUGAUGUCUUCUUUUCAGCAUUGGAAUCACACAUUGAUCAAGUAUCAAUUGGUUCAGACUUUCUUCUCAUUCUCCUCUCGGAUGGUUCACUCUACACAAUGGGAAUUAAUAGAACGUGUUUUCAUAUGGGACUUACUACUGUACCAUUGGAUUCAUUUGCUACAAGAUCAGUCUAUUAUUUACAUCAGCUCAAAGAUAAACCAGUGAAAAUGAUAUCGAGUGGAGGAUUUUACAGCAUUGUUGCAACUAGAAAUGACGAAUUGUAUGGAAUUGGGGCUAAUGAUUAUGGUCAAUUCAGUGUCUAUAGCUCUUCAACUCACAAAAGCAAUGCCAACCCACUCAAAAUUGAUUAUGGAAAGAAGGAAGGAGAUAUAAUUACUCAUAUGACUUGCUGUUUUUCAUUCUCAGUCGUUAUUAUCAAUGGAACAGAUAUGAGAGUUGCAGGACAAGAUUGGAUUGCAGAUGAAACUCAAACACCUAAUUUGGUAAAUUCUCGACACGUUAUCACCAAAACAUUUAAAACCUUCCCUUCCCCUGUGUACCAACUCAAAUCAGGAGCAUUUCACAUUGUUGCCCUCCUUAAGGAUGGUCGUAUUUUCUGUUGUGGAAGUAAUUCGAGGGAUCAAUUGGGCAGUGUCUACAAUACUUCAAGGAAGGGAAUUCAGGAAGUCUUUCUGGAUAAUCAAAUAGAAAAACCAAUUGGUAUUAAUUGUGGAUCUGAUUUUACUCUCUUCCUUAAGAGUGAUAGAACCAUUGAUAGAUUGGGUUCAUCGAGAUAUCCUAAAUUUGAUGUUCUCCUUUUCAAAGGGUUGGAAAAGUUCAAUGAUGCACUGGAUGUGAACAUGUGUGAGCAAUUAUUGUCCAUCUCUAGACCCGAUUGUAUUCAUAUUAGAGGAAACAACAAUACAUUCACUCUGGGAGAUGGAGAGGAUGAAUACUAUGAACUCGAUAUGGAUUACAAUGAUAUUUUCCAGACACCAGUCACUCCAGAAAUUGUUGGUGUCAGUGCCAGAUAUUAUCACAUUGCUUUUUACUUGAAAACAGAUAUGAAAAUUUCCAAACAUUUUGUCUUUCUCAAGAGAAGAAUUGACAACUCAAAGCUGAGUGACAUUUCAAUCAGGACAAUUAUUAGUGGUGGAGGUUUGGCUUAUUAAUAAUGGAUACAUUUCAUCCCUUAAAAGUUGCAAAUCUUCGAAUAAAUGAUAUCAAAGUAUUGAGGAU